AUGAAUUUUCAUCAUCAUUCUAGCAAUAAUCUUGUAAAAAAAACUGAGAGUAAUAAGAAAUUAAGAGCUUGGGAGGAUGAUCCGGAAGAAGAAAUUCCUUUUGAUGAUAGUGAGAUUACAAUGGCAGAAUUGUGUAAUAAGGAUAUGAAAAGAGGAAGAAAAUCAAAAACUUUCAAAGAAUUGGAGCUCAAAAAAUAUCAAAAUUCACAACAAAAACGUGCAAUAAAAUCAAAGAAAAAAAACUCUUCAAAAGAUGAAGAUAUUCCUGAACAAAAUACUGAAAGUAUCACAAUAGACUUAAUUGACACUGAUUUACAAAUCGAAAUUGAUCAAGUUGAUAUUGAACAUUUAGAUCAAAGUGAAAAUAAUUAUGAGGAGAAUCAAGAAGAUGGAGAAGAGAUGAUGGAAAUAAAUACGAUCGAAGAACAUUAUGAAGAUGAAGAAAUACAUGAUGAUGAUGAAUUUUCAACAAAUUUAAGAGAAUUCUAUAAAGAUAAUGAAGAAUACUAUAAUGGCGAGGUGGAAUCUAUAGGAAACGAAUCAAUACUUUUAAAACGUCGCACAUUUGAUCAACGUAAUAGUAAAUUUGGAAUGAAUGAUGAUGGACAGUACACUAUUCGUGAAACUCGCCAACCGAUUCGAAGAAAUCCUGUUAGUGAUGAAGGAUUGGAACUUAUAGAAGAAGAUAAUUUUUCACAUUUGGUAAAUUCAGCAACAUAUUCCAAACAUCCAAGAAGAAUUGAAAGAUGGUCUCAAGAAGAUACAGAUUUGUUUUUCAAGGCAUUAUCACUAUGGGGAACAGAUUUUGAAAUAAUUUCAAAGAAAACAUUUUGUGGUAGAAAGACUCGUGACCAGAUUAAAAACAAAUAUAAAAGAGAACGAAAGAAUAAUUUAACCAAAGUUAAUACAGCUUUAGAUACUCGUAUUAUUGGUUAG